AUGAAGCUAUCGGAGAGCAUCACCAUCGCGAUAGCAGUACCCGUAGCUGUCAUCUGUUUCCUCAUCCUUGCCUUCAUUAUCAAAUACAUCCGCAAACAUCGCCAGGCAACAGAAAGCGAUCCGGAAUCAGGUCGAAAAGCUUUGCAACGGAUCCCAGACACCCCAGACACCCCAGACACCCCAGCAGGUGCAGAUGUCUUCGGCAUCCUGGGAGACAUCGAGAUAGCCCGUCGUUACAUGGAAGAGAGGAAAAUAACGAAAGGAUGGCAUCGUACGUCAUGGGGUGCUCCCUAUAAGGUUGUCGUAGAUCCAAAACUUGGUCAAGACGGAAUUCGAGCUGUCAUUAUUCCUGCGGAGGUGGACGAAUCGGAGCGCGAUAGAUUGAAACGCGAGUGGCCAUCGUUCAGAGUUUACACCGACGACUCCGAGGAUUACAGGGGGGGGCCAGCAACCGGUUUGCCAAAGGAAAUGAUCGCAUUCUUAGUUUAG